GUUCCUACUUCCGAUUGUGAACCGCCCUGUGGUUGUAUUUUGUCCCGGAUUUCAACAAAAACACACAUAAAGCUCCUUCUAAACCUCCGAGCUAACGCCCUGAAACCGAGGCACUGGGUUAGAUGUGACGCCUCGGUGCCGAAGCAGUGAGCAAUGUCGGUGGUUUUUGACGGGGGUUCGUUGAAAGGGAUGCAGAGCUCUCACAGCCACACAGCUCCGAGCGCCCUGAGUGCCCAGGAACUUUCUCAGGAGAUCAAGUCUUUCAUCAGCGGCGUCGAUGCCAUUCAGGGCCGGAAGCUCAGCGUCAGGGAGCACGCCCGCUGUGCCGUGCGGCUGCUGCGCUGUGUCCCCGCCUGCAGGGGGGCGGUGCUGGAGCAUCUGAGGGGCGUGUACGACGAGCACGUGUCCAUGUUUCUGCACAACCUUGAGACAGAAGGAAGUUCCAGUUCUGGGGCCACAUCUAACCUGGAGGACAUCAUACAGGAGGUUCAUGGCGUCCUGUCAGAGUUCAUCCGUCUCAACCCGCGAGCCUGGGCCCCGCUGGUGUCCACCUGGGCGGUCGACCUUCUGGGCCAGCUGAGCAGCAAGCAUGCGGGCCGCAGGGUGGCGCCCCAUUCCUCCAGCCUCAACGAGCUGCUGCAGCUCUGGAUGUCCUGCGCCGCCACGCGGUCCCUGAUGGAGGCCUACUCCCAGUGUCUGGCCGCCAUGCUGGCCUGGUGUCCUGACGCCUGCGUCGACGCCCUGCUGGAUACAUCGGUCAAACACUCGCCUCAUUUUGACUGGGUGGUGGCUCACAUCGGCUCUGCCUUCCCGGGAACCAUCAUCAGCAGAGUGUUGGCCUGUGGGCUCAAGGAUUUCUGCUCCCACGGGGCGAAGGAUCAGGGGCUUCUGGCGGAGAAAGGGAGCCGGGUGCCGAAGAUCGGCUCCGUUGUGGGAAUCCUGGGGCAUCUGGCAGCACACCACUCUGACAGCAUCAGGAAGGAGCUGCUCAGGAUGUUUCAGGAGAGCUUGAUUCCAUCCACCCCUCUGUCUCCCACUUCCUCCUCAUCCUCCUGGGAAGCAUCCCCUCAGCUUCGGCGUGCCGCCGUUCCAUUCCUGCUGCAGCUGGCUGCCCUGUCCCCUAACCUGUUUGGCGCCGUGUCGUCAGAGCUGGUGGAGCUUCUGCGGCCUCCAGUCCUGCUCCAGCUGCAGUCUCUGCUGCAGGGCCUCCCCCGAGAGGAGCUGGAUAACAUGCUGGGGCUGGCCGUCCACCUCAUCAGCCAGAGUCCCACAGGGGGAGCUCGAGUCCUCAAAUUUCUGGCAGACACGGCAACGCCGGCUUCAGUCAUCAUCUCCGGUCCUACGCCGUCGCCUAACGAAGGGGUGAGGGAAGGCUGUGACCGCCUCCUCCAGAUGUUGCUACUACAUCUUCACAAACUGGUGUUUAACCGCUCCGACGCGGCAGAGGCCGGCCUUGUGGGCUCGGCCUCCUCUCAGCCACAGAGGGUCACCCCUUUCUUAGAGGAGCUGCGUUCACACGUCGGCCAGCUGUGUGCAGAGACACUGCGGCUGGAAAGAAAGCGCCACCUCUGGCUGCACCAGCUGCUGUGCCUCCUGUCAGUGUACGGGGGUCCCAGUGUAGCCACUGAGACCCUCUGCCAGCUUCUAACCCAGGCUCGAAACCCGGAGGAGUUGGCUUUGGCCUGGCAGCUCCACACAACGCUUUCCUCCUGCAUGGCCGGGCUCAUUCCUGCCGCCGUGGCUCACUGCGUGGCUCAGAUUCACACGCACACGCUAGAGCCCCGGCAGCUCCGGCAGCUGCUGCUCAACUUGGCUGCAGCCAUCCAGAGCCAGGAUGAAGAGAGGAAAGGAACAGCGGGAGGCCAGUCCUCCAUGGCCGUCCAGAUCGGCUUAGCCGUCUCUGGGCACCUCCAUGAUUUUGGCCCUCUCCUCCUCCACGGUGACCCAGCUGUGUCUAACGCCACGGUGCGCCUCCUCUCCUGCAGCCCCCUCCCUCGAACCUCCUCCCCUGCACACCUGCUGCUGCUCUCCCGAGCAUCCGUCACUCAUUUCUUCUUGGCGCUGCGUAGAAGAGGGGAAGCGAGGAAGGCGGGCAGAGACAUGGGACAGACGGGCGAAGCCGUGAGCUGUUCGGUUCUGCUCCUGUCCCGCUUUGCAGCCUACUCGCCUCUCACUCUGAAGGCCAUCCUUCAGCAGCUUGUGGAGGGAGCGCUGCACAAAGGCAACGCUGACCUGUUUGGUGGGCAGAUCGCCGACAUGUCCGGGGCUCCGUUGGCCUCUCCGUCUGUGUCCUCCGACCUGGGAGCCUCUCUGCUGGACAUUAACUGUCGGUUCGGCACCACGGUGAAUUUCUCUGGCAGCGUGUGGUCGGUGUUCCACGCAGGAGUGAUCGGAAAAGGACUGAAGGUUCGAACAGCUGCCAAUCAGCCCGAUCCAUCAGGAGUCAUCCAGAACAUCCAGACUCUGCUGGCCGUUUUAGUCCAGUGCUGCAGCUCAUCCAGCCUCAACGGCUCACAGUCCCCAUCUGACCCCGGCGAGCCACUACCAAUUAACGCAGAGGCAGCCAAAGUUGUUGCAGUCACGCUGGUGGAAAACGUCUGUCCAGAUGUGGCCAAUGGGGAGCUGUCCUGGCCCCCAGAGGAGCACGCCCGCACCACAGUGGAGCGAGACAUCCACAUCAGACGGUGCUUUGAGGCCCACCCGGUCCUCUUCCCUCUGCUCCAGGUGGUGGCGGCUGGACGCCCUGCUCUUUGCUAUUGCUCAGCUGUGCUCAGAGGCCUCCUGGCCACUCUGCUGUCCCACUGGGAAGCUUCCCGCGAGGCUUCAUCUAAAGACUCUCCCUGGCACCUGCAGGCUUCCUGCCUCCUGGUGUCCUGUAUGGGAGAGGGUCAGCUCCUGCCGCCAGUGCUGGCAAACGUCCACGAGGCUUUUGCCUACCUGAACCCGUUUGAGGUGAGGCUGCUGCUGCUGGCUGUGUGGGAAUACGUGAGGGGCAACGGGCCGCUGCCUCAGAAGUUUGUUUUCAGCCCAGACAAAGGCAUGUUCUGCAGGGAUUUCUCAAGGGACGGCGAUGUGUCCAGAUACGUGGCCCCGAUCCACAGCGUCCUGCAUAAAAACAUUGAUAGACUGGGACACCUGUGCUGGAGGUUUCAGCUGUGAAAUGGUGAUGAUUCAAGUCUAUAGUGACUGUAAAACUGGGAGAUUACGGUCAUUUCACUUCAGGAGUGGACUGAAUGUUCAUUAAUGUGGGACUGUGUGAAUAAGUUUGUGUUUAUAUUUUCAUUACCUUUGCUUUGGCUUCUGAAAG